UUCAUAUUAUUGCUGCAACAGAGAUCUUUGUGGCCAGACAAUGCUGUGCCUUCAGCUCCAGAGCAAUGCAGCAUCCUGGAAACCCUUCCUGCAGCCUCUGUGGCCAACGUCUGUGGAUGUCUUCUCUAGAAUGGAGCAGGACAUGAUUCAGACAGUGGAAGAGAUAAAAGCUAAUAUCAGCAGGGUAGAGCAGUUCCACCAACAGCUGAUGCAGGAGAUGAAUAUUGAAGAGAAUAAGAUUCUACCAAUGGUGGUGAGUAGUGACAUCAAGUCUACAGAAGGUGGAUUUGUGCUAUGUCUGGGAGUUCAGGACUUCUGUCCUGAAGAAUUGACAGUCAAGGUUUUGGGAAGGAAGCUACUGGUGACUGGAGCCAAGGAGACAAAGAACCAGGAUGGGAAAGGGUCUUACUCCUACAAGUGUCAGAUCUUCAGGAAGGAAACAGAUCUUCCUCAGGAAGUAAAGGCAGAAGACAUCAGCUGCACAUUGACCACUGAAGGUCAGCUGCGGAUAGAAGCCCCUUGGAAAACCAUGCGAGCUGUAGAGGAGAGGACUGUGCCCAUCCAGCUCUCAGCUCCACAGGGAACAGACCAAAAGGACAAUGCCAAUGAAUCAAAAGACAACAAAGAGUAAAUUUCUACAUUUC